UGUGUUUGUGUGUUUUAAAAGAGUAAAACAAAAAGCAAAAAGAAAUCAAAGAAAUUUUUUUCUUUCAAAAACAGCUGCUCUUUUUUUUCGUUUGGUUUUGCUUUGUUGUUGUUACUUUAGUUGAUAACAACGUAUAGUGAUAAUCAUAUGUUUAUGGGGCAGUAGAGACAGGGAGGUGAAGUUUGUUAUUACUUCUCUUUUGGCGUUUUUAUGCAAAUACUUCCGCCUUUAAGUGAGAUUUUUAAGUUUGUUAGUUCUAUACACUGACAGUGGUUAAUUGUUCCAGUAAUAUAUAGUCAUUGUGCCUAACAAUGGAUAUUAUAGGCUUAAUUAGAGCCACUACCCAUGACUAUGGCGAUAUAUUCUCCGAUGCUUGGUGGCACCUUAUUAAUAUGGAAUUCAAAACAGCCCUAACAGUUUAUAUAUCCAUUGGACUUUUAACUGUUAUCCUCAUUAUCUGGUAUAUGUACUACAGAAAAUGGUUACGUGAUAAGGAACGAGAAAAAUAUCUUUUAGAGCAAAGUGCCUAUUCAUCUGCAGCCGAUUUAAGGGGUUUGCGUUUUCGUAAAAGAGAUAAAAUGCUCUUCUACGGCCGCAGAAUGUUGCGCAAAGUUAAAAAUGUAUCUGGUCAAGUUUACGGCGGUCAGGGCCGAAAGCGUAGGGCUGUGAUGCGAUUCGCCAAAAGACUUCUACAAUUGAGAAGAGAAAAUAUUCCCCUACAAAUGAGAACAGUUGAACCGCCUGCAGAAUAUUUGGAAGAGACAAUUGAAGGUUCUGAUCGUGUACCACCAGAUGCUUUAUAUAUGUUGCAAAGUAUUCGCAUUUUUGGCCAUUUUGAGAAACCUAUAUUCCUUAAACUAUGUAAACACACUGAACUUUUGACUUUGGAACCUGGAGAUUUUCUAUUCAAAAUCACUGAUGCCGAUGACAGUGUUUUCAUAGUACAAUCUGGUCAAAUAAAUGUUUUCAUAUCAAAUGCCGACGGUAGUACAUUAUCAUUGAAGACUGUUCGUAAGGGUGAAUCUGUGACUUCUCUAUUGAGUUUUGUAGAUGUCUUAUCGGGCAAUCCAAGUUAUUAUAAGACCGUAACAGCUAAAGCGGUGGAAAAAAGUAUAGUCAUAAGAUUACCAAUGCAAGCUUUUAAAGAAGUUUUUGAUGAAAAUCCCGACAUAAUGAUACGAGUCAUUCAAGUAAUUAUGAUACGUCUACAGCGUGUACUCUUCACUGCUCUACGUAAUUACUUGGGUCUUAAUUCGGAGUUAGUGCAGAAUCAUAUGCGUCACAAAAAGACGCAACAGCAACAACAGACAAAUACCACCACAGCACAACAGCAAACACAGCAAAAAAGCUCUCCUGGCCAUCGUAAAUCACAAGGAGAAACUGUACAGCAUAGUUUAUCGGAGGCAAUACCCCCACCAGAUAUGCUGGUGGAUUUGGCCUAUGAACCACCAUCCCAACAGCAGCAGCAACAUUUACCUCUAGUUCCUCAGGUAACACCUUCGCCCAACUCAUCACAUUUCUCGCAAACUACUGCGUCAUGCAGUGCUGGAAAUCUAUCCACACGUCGUUAUUCCAUAACUCCAGCGGAAAUUAAUAUUAAUGCCUCUUCAAUCGAUAUGCAGUUGGUACAUAUAUCAGCUGUAGAUAGCUUUCUUAAAGAACUGGGUUUGCCUGAAGAAGAUCGCUCGUUAUUGGAACCAUUCGUAGAAGUCCGAGAGGUAGAUAGCGAUGUUACUCUAAUAACGGAAGGCAAUUCUGAUGAUAUUUGUGUUUGGUUUGUUAUGACUGGUGGUUUGGCUGUUUAUCAGAGUGGAGUUGAUGCCAUUAGAAAUUUCAAAGCAGACAAAUCCAAUGUUUUUAUACACCAUGUUCAUCCCGGUGAAAUUGUUGGAGCUCUGGCUGUACUCACCGGCGAAGCCAGUGCAUAUACAAUAAUUUCAUUGUGUCCAAGUCGUAUUGCCUUUAUACGUCGUCCCGCCAUUUAUCAAAUAAUGCGUGAAAGACCCAAAAUUGUUUUAGAUUUAGGAAAUGGUGUUGUCAGACGCCUAUCACCACUGGUUAGACAAUGCGACUACGCCUUGGAUUGGAUAUUUUUGGAAUCUGGUCGAGCCGUCUAUCGUCAGGACGAGAUGAGUGACAGCACAUAUAUAGUGCUUAGCGGUCGUAUGCGUUCAGUCAUCACCCAAUCCAGUGGUAAAAAAGAGAUUAUCGGUGAAUACGGUAAAGGCGACUUAGUGGGCAUUGUUGAGAUGAUAACGGAAACUUGCCGAACCACAACAGUUAUGGCUGUCCGAGACUCCGAACUUGCCAAAUUACCCGAAGGCCUAUUCAAUGCCAUUAAACUAAGAUAUCCCAUAGUAGUAACGAAAUUAAUAAGUCUGCUAAGUCAUCGUAUAUUAGGCACGAUGCAAACUCGAACUGGCGGCACUGCUGCUCCCCUAGAGGCUAAUCCUGUUACCCACAAAUAUUCCACGGUAGCCUUAGUACCUGUUUCCGAAGAUGUUCCUCUAACGGCUUUCACUUACGAACUAUUCCAUUCACUAUGCGCUAUUGGUCCCACUUUACGAUUGACAUCGGAAGUGGUGCGAAAACAAUUGGGAAUUCAUAUUUUUGAACAAAGCAAUGAGUAUCGUUUGACUUCAUGGCUUGCGCAACAAGAAGAUCGUUACAUUAUUACUUUGUAUCAAUGUGAUAGCUCCCUCAGUCCUUGGACACAACGUUGUAUGCGUCAAGCUGAUGUCAUUCUAAUUGUCGGUAUGGGUGAUCGUCCACCAACUGUGGGUAAAUUUGAAAGAGAAAUUGAUCGUUUGGCCAUGCGUACUCAAAAGGAAUUAGCUCUAUUGUAUUCGGAAAAUGACAGUUCGAAACCAUCGAAUACUUUGCAAUGGCUUAAUGCAAGGCCCUGGGUUACCAAGCAUCAUCAUAUCCAAUGUGUCAAACGUAUAUUUACUAGAAAAAGUCAAUAUAGAAUUAACGAUCUCUAUAGUCGUGUAUUGAUGUCUGAACCCAACAUGCAUUCGGACUUUUCACGCUUAGCACGUUGGCUUACCGGUAAUUCCAUUGGUCUGGUAUUGGGUGGUGGCGGUGCACGUGGCGCUGCACAUAUUGGCAUGCUAAAAGCCAUACAAGAGGCUGGUAUACCCAUUGAUAUGGUGGGUGGUGUUAGUAUAGGAGCUCUAAUGGGUGCCUUGUGGUGCUCUGAACGUAAUAUUACAACAGUUACACAAAAGGCUAGAGAAUGGUGUAAAAAAAUGACAAAAUGGUUUUUACAAUUAUUGGAUCUAACAUAUCCCAUCACUUCAAUGUUUUCGGGAAGAGAAUUUAAUAAAACCAUACGUGAUACAUUCGGCGAUGUCAGUAUCGAAGAUCUAUGGAUUCCUUAUUUUACUCUAACCACAGAUAUUACGGCAAGUUGUCAUAGAAUACAUACAAAUGGAUCUUUGUGGCGUUAUGUACGUUCAUCCAUGUCACUCAGCGGUUAUAUGCCGCCUCUGUGUGAUCCCAAAGAUGGACAUUUACUAUUGGAUGGUGGCUAUGUCAAUAAUUUACCAGGUCACUUGUGGCGUUAUGUACGCGCCAGCAUGUCUAUUGCUGGUGUGUUUCCACCGUUUUGUGAUUAUAAAGAUGGUCAUUUAUUACUUGAUGGCUGUUAUACAAAUAAUGUUCCAGCCGAUGUAAUGCAUAAUUUGGGUGCUGCGCAUAUUAUAGCCAUCGAUGUCGGUUCACAAGAUGAUAUUGAUUUAACAAAUUAUGGUGAUGAUUUAUCCGGUUGGUGGUUGUUAUAUAAAAAAUGGAAUCCAUUUACAUCACCCGUCAAAGUGCCCGAUCUACCUGAUAUACAAUCAAGAUUGGCUUACGUCUCUUGUGUGCGACAACUAGAGGAAGUUAAAAAUUCAGAUUAUUGUGAAUACAUACGACCACCAAUAGAUAAAUACAAAACGUUGGCCUUUGGCAGUUUUGAUGAGAUACGUGAUGUUGGUUAUGUUUUUGGUAAAAACUACUUCGAAAAUAUGGCCAAAGCUGGACGCUUGGGGCGUUUUAAUCAAUGGUUCAAUAAGGAGCCACCUAAAAAGGAUAAUCAUGCCUCGUUAAGUGAAUAUACCUUUAUUGAUUUGGCGCAAAUUGUUUGCAAAUUACCCGAGACUUAUGUCGAUCAUCCGCAACAGCAUCAUACCUAUUUCUACAGUGAGGAUGAGGAUUAUGAUGGUUACAUAUCAGAACCAUCUAAUUAUAAUAGAAAUCAAAUAAAAAUGAAACGUACCGGUACUUCAUUAUCUUUGUCGGAAAACGAAAUGGAUUCCGAUAUAGAAGUUGAUCUCACGUUGGCUAUUAAACAACAUCAAACAAAAUCAGCCCGCAGUACACCUCAAUCACCCGUAAAUGUAACAAACAUCUUUAAUACCAUCGAUAAUAUUGAUGGAUACCCUAAAACGAAUUCAAUAAAAUCUCCGCCAACAUUAGAAUAUUUAAACUCAAGAUCAUCAUCGUCCACCACAACCCAGGAAAAUGAGGAAAAAGACAAAAGCGAAAUGGAAACUAAACAACCACAAGAUGAAAACAGCACAAUACACACUGUAACAUCAUAACCUUUAAUCUUUACAAAUUAGUUUUAAUAUUAUCCUUCAGUUUUAUCAUUUAUCCACCUGAAGCUAUGUGAGAUACUCAAAUCACAACAUCAAUCGAAGACUUGUUAAACGAAAAUAAAAAAAGAACUGAUGAUGUAUGAAUGUUUGUUUCUACUUCUAUUUGCCAUUAAUUGUUGAACAAUUUAAAAAAAAACAUAAAAAAUCUUCUUAAUUUCUUUUUCGUUUGAUUUCAUUCAAUUAAUACUUCUUUUCAUUAAGUUUUUAGAUAAUUAAGUGAAAUAUGUUUUAUUUUAUUUUUUUUUAGUAUAAGUUCUUACAAAACAGUUGAUAAGGGUUAUAUUUUGUAAAUUAAUAUAAAAUAUUUAUGAUUGCUAUUGUUAAUCUUUUAAAUUAUGUAUAUAAUGAAAGCGGCAAAUAAUCUUUCUCCUUUUGAAGCAAUGCACAAGAUAUUAAAGAAUUUCAUUAUUAAAUUUUUUUUUUUUUUAAUAGUAUACAAAAAAAUACUUACAAAAAUAAAAAUAUCUUUAAAAUAAA